AUGGAAGAAAACGCUUCAGACUCGGAACCGGAAGAGCAUUCUGGUCCUAGCAAGAAAGCUACGAAGUCUACAGCUCCUGACUCAUCUGACCUUCCUCCCAUUAACGAGAUACCCGCCAUAUUCGACGACCUUGUCAGUCACAUACCAAAGAUCAAAGACGUUGCGGAACGUGUUAAAGGCCGAAAGCUCCGCGUAGCAACGAUGUGUUCGGGAACAGAGUCUCCCCUACUAGCUUUGGAACUCAUGCAGAAAUCGAUUUAUAAACAGCACGGCGUCAAUUUCGACAUCGAACACGUUUUCUCAUGCGAAAUUGAACCCUUCAAGCAAGCAUACAUCGAACGCAAUUUUCAGCCUCCUCUUCUGUUCCGUGAUGUUUGUGAGCUGGGAGAUGGGGAAGCACAUACCGCGUAUGGUGCUCUUGCCCCUGUACCAGGCGACGUUGAUAUUUUAAUCGCGGGUACGUCUUGCGUCGAUUAUUCAAAUCUCAACACCCAAAAGCAAGACAUUGAUGCAAAUGGGGAGUCCGGACGUACGUUUCGCGGAAUGAUGUCCUGGGUUACGACGCAUCGGCCUCCCCUCGUCAUCUUGGAGAAUGUUUGCUCCGCUCCUUGGGAGAAGGUCAAGGAGUAUUUCGAGCAAAACGGAUAUAGUGCCUCAUAUUCACGAGUCGACACCAAACAUUACUAUAUUCCGCAUACUCGCACUCGCGUUUACCUUGUUGCUGUCAACAAGAAAAAGUCACCCAUUCCUGAAGAAUGGAAAGAUUUGGUAUCACACAAGCUGAAACGUCCUGCAUCUUCAACCCUCGAUGCUUUUCUAUUACCGUCCGAUGACCCCCGCAUCCAUCUCGCGCGACAGAAGCUAGUCCAAGAAAGCUACGGUGCUCUGGACAGGCGAACAGGGCGCACCGACUGGGGUCGUUGUGAAUCACGCCAUCAACGAGCAAGGUUGGAAGAAUGGCUAGGGGCAAAGCGGCCUUUAACGAGUUGGGACGAAGGUGGUUUUUGCAAGCUUCCCGAUUUUGCGUGGAACGACUGGGGAAUUGGCCAAGUUGAGCGUGUCUGGGAUUUGAUGGACAUCAGCCAUCUUCGCUCUGCCACAAAGGGGGUUGAUCCUUCUUAUAAAACUCAGGUUUGGAACCUUUCUCAGAACGUCGAUCGUACUAUCGGAUCGAACAAGGUGGGGAUAUGUCCCUGCCUUACACCAUCCAUGAUUCCCUAUAUCACGAAUCGAGGUGGCCCAAUGGUGGGACUAGAAGCCUUGUCCAUGCAAGGCUUGCCGGUGGACAAACUCCUUCUGACGCGAGAGAGUGAGGACCAGCUUGCGGAUCUGGCUGGCAAUGCCAUGUCUACAACUGUGGUCGGGGCGUGCAUCUUAGCAGCCCUCGUCACCGGCAGAAGCUUACUUAAAGCCGGAAACGACGAACAGUCUCAAAUCGUAGGCGAGGAAAAGCUUGUUCAGAAACCACUCAACUUGUCAAUUACUCAAACGUCUUCCUUCUCCGAACUUUUAGAAGAAGCGAACAACAGUGUGCGUCUUUGCGGGUGUGAAGGUCGCACAGGGAUGACGACGAGAGAGUUACUCCGCUGCAUUGACUGCAGAAAUUCUUUCUGCAAGAAGUGUGGCGGACGUCCAGAGCAUAACCCAUCCCCCAUCGAUACUGCCGCGUGCCUCCGACUCCACCCCUCAGAAUUUGCUAAGAAGCUAAAAUCGACGCUACCGAUGUGCAUCUCCGUGUCGGGCGUUGACCGUGACCUACUGCAAAGCCUCAAAGAAAAAGAUGGGAAGGAUAUUCCGGAAUUGCGAUGGUCUGAAUGGUCAGCAGCUGUGCUUCGUGCUGUUGGUUCUGAGCUGCGAUUUGUUGAGCUCAAGCGCCAGGAGAUUUGGAGUGCAGUUUAUCAGUCACCAACCGCGGCUCUAGAACUAUCGCUGCAUCCGCAGCAAAGCGAAUGGCGUUUAUACGCCUAUCCCCAGGAACACGAGCCUGCCAAAGCUGAGAUUCGACAGCUGCUCGCGUCUCCAGUUGGUAGAUUUGUAUGCAACGGUGGUUUGCUUUUGGGGUGUUGGGAGUUCGCGUUACCUCUGACCAUCUCGAUCGAGGUGAAGAUAAAAGGAGUUGGGGAUCUAGUCCCGUCUUGGGGGGCUCGUCUUGGGCUGAUUGGAGAGAAUGAAGAAUUCAAGAAUCAGCAAGUCUUCUCGAAGAUUCAAGUCACCGUGCCUCAGAAUCGGGUAGAUGCAUUUGAUCGGGACAUAUCUGGGGUGUAUGCCCUUCUUGACAAAUGUGGGACCGCCAACGGGGCACUACACAAGAAGUCCGAGGCAACAGAGGGCCUCCCACCUCUAUUCAUGCUCUUCGACCCACAUCGUACCAAUGACUCUGAGGAUUGUUUUGUUUUUUCGAUCAGUACCCGGAGGCUUGAAUAUCAGGAAUGUCGUCCGAUUGUAGGCAAGCUUGAUCCCACAUGGCGACAGUCGAGUGACGCGAAGGAACAGACAGUUCUGUGUCAUAUUCCUGCCAAGUGGGUCAAGGCAAUCGAGGUUGAAUUAAAGCCUUACGUUGGGCAAGGUCCGUCCUUUGGUAUUCCCAGCCAAACAUUCGCUAUCCCCAUUUCCGAUGACGCUUGUCGGGAUGCAUACGCCCUGCUAACUUGCACUGUUCCUCUACGUGGCCAAGCCGGUCCUGAGUGGCCUCGUGGAACAUGGACUGAAAUUGACAAAGUUCAUGAACGCGGAACUUUCAGAGCUUUAGCGUGGCUUUUAGAACGCAUCCGACAUGUCGACGACAGCCUUCGCUCAUGGCAGAAGGUUGAACUCCUCAGCGAAUUGGACAAUUGUGAGCGCUGCGCACCAACAGCACCACUACUCAGAUGGACCCAGGUCAACAAGAAAACAGUACCUGUGGAGGAUCCCGUUCAAGCCGGAGAAUAUGAAAGGCGUCUGAAGGGUCGCCCAAGUCCCUUCGUUACCCAAUUGAAGCUUGACGACAGUGGCACAGGGACCGUCCGCGUUGGCAUCAACAUUCCAUCUCUGAUUCAUCGAGCGAUUUCUCGUCUUCCCUCCAAGAAUCGCGGGGCACAGACAUCACUGUCAUGGCGUCUUGACACCAACUUUACCCCCGCUGCAAACUCUUCUCUGCCGAAGUUUGUAAUAUCGAGCAACAAACAUGACAAACAACAUGCUCAACCCCCCAAUUUCAAAAUUCCCCUAAGGGAAGAACAGCUUCGCUCUCUGGAGUGGAUGCUUCUUCAAGAGGCUGCUGAUGUAAAACCAUUCGCAGAGGAGGAGAUCUCUGAAGCUAUUCUGGAUCCCCUGGGAUGGAGAGCUGAAGGACGAGCGGAGAGACCCGUUCGCGUCAGAGGAGGAGUUUUGGCUGAUCAAGUUGGGUACGGGAAAACUGCAAUCACCCUCGGCCUCAUUGAUUGUGCUUCUAAGAAGACUUCAAAUGAAUUCGACAAAAUGGGUCGCAUUCCGGGAAAAAUUGCCGUCAAAGGCACUCUCAUCAUCGUCCCACCUCAUCUAACUAGGCAGUGGAAUUCAGAGGUGGGGAAAUUCCUCAAAAAGAAGUUGAAAGUCGUUGUGGUCUCCACCGUCUCCAACCUCAACGGCGUGAAAAUCGAGGACAUUCAAGAGGCCGAUAUCAUUAUUGUCGCGUCAAACAUUUUCAAAAGCAAUGUUUAUUUGGAAAAUCUCCAAAUCUUAGCUGGCGCUGGGGAUCUUCCCACACGCGAAGGUCGCCAUUUCAAUGCACAUCUUGAAAAGGCACUACAAUCCCUCAAAGCUCAGGUUGAUCGUCUCCAAGAUGAAGAUUCUUCUGCCGUUAUGAAUGAAAUUAGAGCUGCCCAAAAACGAGGUGAGGUUUUCCACUCCAUAACCACUCUCUCAUACUUAUAUUGCGACGAUUUAGUUCUUGAAGAAGAAGCUGCUGUGGCGGCAUCAGCCGCCUCAAAGAGACUGAAGGGAAAAUCAUACCGUGAGGCGGCAGAGAGAUCCCAGAAAGUCAAGAAACCUGCCACGAAGGAAUCAUCAAGUCUAAAAGCUGCAGCUACCAAAUCAACUAAAAAAGAUUCUCGCCUUAUUGUGGAGGUGGUCAUUGAGUCUGGGAAAGAUUGGACGCAGAUGCAAGCACCCCCAUUUGAACUCUUUCACUUCGCACGCAAGGUCGUGGACGAAUAUACAUAUCUUGAUGGCAAGGUCCAUUCUUUGGUCACGAGUCUGACGGCUGAGAGGCACUGGGUCCUCUCGGGAACACCACCAAUCCACGACUUCGCCGCGUUGAAAACCAUUGCCGCCUUUCUAAAUAUCCAUCUGGGAGUUGACGAUGACGGAGAAGGUCAAUCUGUGGAAGUGAAGAAACGACGUCGAGAACAAACAGCUGUUGAACGCUUCCACUCUUUCCGCGAAGUCCAUAGUUUGGAAUGGCACACGCACCGUCACACGGUUGGUCAAGCAUUCCUUGACCAGUUUGUGCGCCAGAACAUCGCCGAGAUUGACGAAAUUCCUUGGACGGAGAAGGUUGAACCCAUCGUUCUGCCUGCUGCUGAACGAGCUAUCUACCUCGAACUCGAGCAUCACCUGCGUGCACUGGACAUGACCAUCAAACGUGGCAAAAAAACAGAGAGUGACCGAGAGAAGAGGUUGGCGAAAUCUCUGGGCGAAAGCAAGACGGCCGAGGAAGCACUGCUGAAGCGUUGUUCCCAUUUCGACCUCGAAACGUCCAAUGAGAAUGCCAUGAAAGCUUGUGACGUUAUUGUCAAAGAACGUCAGAAGCAAUUGGACGAAUGCAAAGCGGAAUUACUCAAGGCAAUUAGUGACGGCGUCAAGCGAGAAAAAAGCCUCGGUUUUGUUGGCAAUGAUGAUGAAGCGACCGUGAUGGUCAACGAACUCCUCGACAAAGCUAACGCUGUCACUUCCAAAAACAAAGGAAAGUCUCAAGAUACUCAAAUUUCGGAAAAGGUCAAGGCCCAGGCCUGGGAACAUCGAGAGAAGACGCAUGAAAUUCGGCGUCUGACAAAAGAACUCACCGGACGGAUUCGCUCGCUUCGAUAUUUCACGGUUGUUCGUGACCUCCAAAAACAAAGAGAGAAACCUCUGGUCGUCGAUUGCCCUGGAUGCCACAAAAAGAAUGUUCCGAUUGACGACAUUGCUGUGCUUUCGUCUUGUGGCCAUACAGGCUGUUUAUCGUGCGUCAAAUCCUGUGCGGAGAAGGAGGAGUGUGUCCAUGCAGCAUCGGGUGCAUGCAAGUCUGCAGCUCGGGUGCUUAAUGUAGUGAGAGGCGACACGUUGGGUGUUGACGACGAGGCACGGGAUGGUCAUGGACGCCACUUUGGUUUGAAGCUUGAAAAGGUCAUUGACCUUAUAAGAAAGAAGAUUCCUAAGGACGAACGAGUACUGCUCUUCGUGCAAUUCCCAGACUUGAUGAAAAAGGUGACGGAAGCGCUUGCAGUCAACAAAAUCAAAUACCUCGAAAUCAAGGGCACCGCCCACCAAAAGAGCAAGAAUCUGGAAUUGUUCCAGAAUGGAAGUGAGGAGAGGGUGUUGUUGCUGAAUGUCAUGGACGAGAGCGCAAGCGGAGCCAACUUAACAUCUGCUAACCACGCCAUCUUUUUAUCCCCUCUCCUUGCGCCCUCACAGGAAAUUUAUAACGCUUGUGAGACACAAGCUAUUGGUCGCUUGGUUCGUUAUGGGCAGGAAAGACACGUCUACGUUUGGAGAUUUUUGACCACGAAUACCAUUGACGAAGAAAUCUACGAGCAGAGGAAAGCCGCCGUCGGACAUGUUUGA